UUUAUACGCAAGUAAGUCACUAAUCCUCCAUCUUCUUCCCCCGACCCCAUGUCCAUCUACAUCCGCAAUUACUAUAUAUACAGAAACCCACCACUGUCACACACGGUCAUCAUAUUAUAUCACAACCCUCUAGAGCUCUGAACAAACCUCCACCAAUGGUCAUGGAGGCUCCUCCGCCGGCUGCGAAGCCCAGCCACUUAACUCGGCUCAACACCUACGUCGCCAAGAGCCGCGUUGGCAAGCGCUUCAAACUCACCGAGCGAAACUCAACCUUCACCACCGAGCUCCGGGCCGGUACCGCCACGUUUCUCACCAUGGCAUACAUCCUCGCCGUCAACGCCUCCAUCCUCACCGACUCCGGCGGCACCUGCUCCGUCUCGGACUGCAUCCCUCUCUGCUCCGACUCCUCCCUCUCCGUCAACAACUGCACUGGAACAGUCAUCCAACCCGAUGCGUCAUGCAAAUUCGAUCCGGUCAACCCCGGCUACACGGCCUGCCUUGACCGCGUCCGGAAAGACCUCAUCGUUGCCACCGUGGCCUCCUCCCUCAUCGGUUGCGUAAUCAUGGGCGCAUUCGCCAACCUGCCUCUCGCCUUGGCCCCGGGAAUGGGCACCAACGCUUACUUCGCCUACACCGUCGUCGGGUUUCACGGAUCAGGCAACGUCUCAUACCAGAGCGCCUUGGCAGCCGUUUUCAUGGAAGGUCUUAUUUUCCUCUUAAUUUCCGCGAUUGGACUCCGCGCUCAACUCGCCAAAUUGAUCCCCAAACCCGUCCGGAUCAGCUCCUCCGCAGGCAUCGGCCUCUUCCUCGCCUUCAUCGGCCUGCAGUCCAACCAGGGAAUCGGACUCGUCGGCUACAGCUCCUCCACUCUCGUCACCAUCGGAGCCUGCCCCGCCUCCAAGCGCGUGUCGCUGGCGCCCGUAGUAACUGCCGCGAACGGCACCGUCAGCCUGCUGGCUGGCGGCACGGUCUCGGGUGACAUAUUCUGCACGCAAGGCCGCAUGGAGAGCCCCACAUUCUGGCUAGGGAUAGUCGGCUUCGUCAUCAUCGCCUACUGCCUCGUCAAAAACAUCAAGGGCGCCAUGAUCUACGGCAUCGUCUUCGUCACGGCCGUCUCGUGGUUCCGUAACACAGAAGUAACGGCGUUCCCCCACACUGCCGCAGGCGACGCCGCCUACGAGUAUUUCAAAAAAGUCUUCGACGUACAUACGAUCCAAUCCACGGCGGGGGCCCUCAGCUUCAAGAGCUUCGGCAAAGGGUAUUUCUGGGAAGCCCUAAUUACGUUCCUCUACGUAGACAUACUGGACACGACGGGUACCCUAUACUCCAUGGCCCGUUUCGCAGGGUUCAUGGACCAGGACGGUAAUUUCGAAGGUCAAUACUUCGCCUUCAUGUCCGACGCCACGUCGAUCGUGGUGGGGUCCUUGCUUGGCACGUCACCGGUGACGACGUUUAUCGAGUCAUCGACGGGGAUAAGAGAAGGCGGGAGGACGGGACUGACGGCGCUGACGGCUGCGGGCUACUUUUUCUUUGCGUUAUUCUUCACGCCGUUAUUGGCUUCCAUUCCGGCUUGGGCGGUGGGCCCGCCGCUGAUAUUAGUCGGCGUGCUGAUGAUGAAGUCGGUGGUGGAGAUAGAGUGGGAUGAUAUGAGGCAGGCGAUUCCGGCGUUUGUGACUUUGAUACUGAUGCCGUUGACUUACUCAAUAGCCUAUGGUUUGAUUGGUGGCAUUGGGACCUUUAUUGUUCUGCACCUGUGGGAUUGGAGCAGAGAACUUUUGGUCAAGCUGGGAGUUUUGAAAGGUGAACAAGAGGAAGAAGAAGCUGUUGGGUCCAACGGGGUGGUGCAUGAUCAUUCCAAAGAAGACCAAGCUUCAAAAGUACUUGAGCUUGAAGUUUAGCUUUUUCCAAUUUUUUUUUUCUUACUUUGGUAAAUGAUUAAUUUUCGAUUCAUAAACGUAAAUACUUGCAUAUUGUUCAACUCUGUUUUCAUUUUUUUUUGCUUUUGUGACCCGGAUGCAUGUAUUGUCUGAAUCUGGAGGGUCGUUUUUAUUAUGAAUCGGUACAUGACAUAGUUUAGAAUUCAGUUCAGUUUAUAACACCUUUCAUGCUUUACGGUCGCUGAAUCAUCAAACUUUGUUUA